AUGGCUUCGAAAAUUGAGUACAGCUCCCUCCAGCGGGAUGUGUCCGAUGAGGACCGGGCCUCUGCCGAAAAGAACAUGCCGCAAAGUGGGUCUUUGCCGUCGGACGGACAGCUACACUAUGGCGGGACCACGGCCGAACGCAUGUUUAGGUUCCAGGAUUUCAAGUUUCUCAAGAUUUACAUCUCUUGCAUCUUGGUAUACCUUCUUGCUGCGGUGGCGGCGGUUGUCUGGUCGUAUCAGGGACCCGCGGUCGACAGAGACUACUACAUGCAACACGUCUUUCGCACGCCAGACUCCUUGAAGGUCGAUCAGCUUUACUCUGGUAUCGCCCUCUCAGCACUACUUGCCCCGGCGGGCAUGUUGGUCCAAUGGAUCAUGCACGACUUCCGACACCUUCGACUCUUCGCUCUCACGGCGCAGCGGCCGGUUCUCUUGGCGGACUUGGACAAGAUAGGAGACGACUCGAGUGCUUGGACGCUGCGGAUACUGGGGAAAUACUCGUGGUGGUACGCCGUCAUGCAGGCCGCGCUCAUCGUCAUUCGCACCUCGAUCGUUCCCGUCGGCACUCUUAUGCUCACGACCGGAGCUUAUUACGAAAACAUCACCGGAGUUGACGUCGUCGGAAUGCCCAUCCUUCCCUCAAACGACUCCUCCGUUACGAGAUUGGCCAACGCGAUGGGUUGGGACGGGCAGGGAACCUUCAAGCAGACUCUUGAUGACAACGACAACUUCCUUUCGCGAACCGUCUACACCUUUGUUGGGAACAUCGUCAGCCAAAGUGCCCUCGUCGACGUCUUCUCGGGCGUCAUUGGCCCCAUUCCGACGCACAACCUAACCUUCAACGUUAACACGACCUACCACGGCCUUAUUCUGUAUCACUGGGACGCCAACUGCGAAGCAGCGACCGAAAUACCAUUCACCACCUCCGUCAACGGCGUCAACGCUUCAUACACCUUUACCCUUCCCGAUUCCACCAACCAGACGAUCGAUCUCACCCCCCGAAAACAGGAAUCGCAGAGCCUGCGUCUCUGGAACAGCGCAGCCAACAACUCCAUCAAUAACGUUCCCAUCGGUGGCACCACAUACUUCAUCUCCGCAGGCCCCUCCUCAUCCCUCAAAGCCGAGACUCGCACCAAUGAUAGCAGCCUUACACAGACUGCCGAGGGUCACUGGAUCUCCCGCACCAAGUGCACUCCCGAAUUCUCAUGGGAAGUCGGCGCCUGCACGUUCAACGGCACCUUGAUGACGGAUUGCGUGGGCAACCCGGGAUCGAACACCACAGCCAUCGAUACGGCGGCAUUAAACGUGCUGAAGGACUACAUGACUGCCAUUCCCUGGUGGAUCUUCCGCGAGCAGCUCCAAAUCGUUGACAAAACGAUCGAUACUCUCUACGCGAUCCCCACAUCAGCAGACUGGGGCCACUUCUUCGGCAACAUUGCACAGUCCAUCGCCGCCAUCUCGACGGCAGGGUACUUUGGCACCGCCAGCGUGCCUGCAGUGGCGAGGGUCAAGGAGGAUGUGUACAUCAUGCGGACAGUGGUGCUGUGGAUCGUGCUGGCGAUGCUGAGCGUCGUCUUCCUUGUCAGUUGUCUGGAUAUAUGGAGGAGCAAGUCGCGCGGUCUGCCGUUCAGAGCAGCGACGUUCUUGGCUAUUGCGAAUGCCGUUAGAGGACCGUGGUGGGACCAGGAAUUGCAUGGAAGCUGUGCUGCUGAUGAGGUGACGAUGCAGAAGAGGAGUUCGGCGUCGGUCAUGUUUGGGGUCGAUGCGAAUAAUCCGUAUCACUUGGGGUUGCUGCCGGCGGUGCUGCCAAUUCAGCGGGAUAGACCGUACUUUGGCAUUGGGAGGCGCAAGGGACCGGAAAGAUCAUAG